GCUGUCAGCUUCAGCACCAUUUUCUUUGAGCUUUACUAUAGAUCUGAAUGUGUCUCAGGAUUAUUCCGCAGCACAGCACAUACAGGUAAUGUGCAGGUGAUGUAGCUGCAGCCAGCUGUGCUUUGCAGAUCAGCAUGUAAUGUGAGGUGGAUGCCAGCUGUAAGGGGCGUCCCUUAGUGAGCCAGUCGUUGCAGUCUCAGGCAGAGGAAUAACUGGAGCUAUGACCCAUCCUCUGUUUCUUUCUUUACGUGCUUUGUCCAUCUAUUACUCCAAGUAUCCAUUAUUUAUCUCUACUGCACGGUGAGGCUGGCAUUCAGACAAGGGCUGUGAAAUGGAUUUGGACAUGAAAGACUUAAAUAACAGAACUGUAACGAAACAGGACAAUGGCACAUUUACAACAACAGCCACCAAUUUUCCUGCAUGGGAAGAUUACAACAGCAGUGUGGAUGACAUACGAUACUUUCUAAUUGGGCUGUAUACAUUUGUAAGCCUCCUGGGAUUUAUGGGAAAUCUUCUAAUUCUGCUGGCUAUUUUCAGAAAACGUAAACAGAAAACUAUAAUAAACUACCUCAUUGGAAACUUGGCCUUUUCCGAUAUAUUAGUUGUGCUCUUCUGUUCACCUUUUACACUAACAUGUGUCUUGCUUGAUCAAUGGAUCUUUGGUGAGGUUAUGUGUCAUGUCGUGCCUUUUCUCCAGUGUGUUUCUGUUCUGAUCUCAACCUUAAUGCUCAUGUCUAUUGCCUUGGUGAGAUACCACAUGAUAAAACAUCCACUUUCGACUAAUUUAACUGCAAACCAUGGAUACUUCUUAAUUGCUACUGUCUGGACUCUUGGUUUCACCAUAUGUUCACCUUUGCCUGUUUUUCAUAAGAUUAUAAAUUUAAGUGAAGCAUUCAAUUUAGAACCAUUGAUGAACAGUUAUCUUUGUAUCGAGUCGUGGCCAUCUGAUUCGUAUAGAAUUGCCUUCACCAUUUCUUUAUUGCUGGUGCAAUACAUAUUGCCAUUAUCUUGUCUAACCAUAAGUCAUACGAGUGUUUGUAGAAGCAUAACUUCACGGUUGCCAAACAGAGAUGUUAAAGUUGAGGAAAACGAGAUGAUCAAUCUGACACUUCAACAACCUAAAACAAAUCAAUCUGAAGUUGAAAUCUCAAAAAGUCGUAGGUGGAGUUACUCCUGUGUCCGUAAACACAGGAAGCGAUACAGCAAAAAGUCAGCCAGUGUUGUACCAGCAAUUUUGAGGCGACACCAAGAGAGCAACACUGGGGACAUUCCAGAAACAUCUACCACAGAGCGGAGCCAUACACUACCUUCUAGUGUCCAAACUUUACCUUUGAGUGUCUAUCUACCGGGAGUGCCCAUAUGCUUUGAAAUGAAACCAGAAGAGAACUCUGAACUACAAAACAUGAACUCUGUAUCUAAAUCUAUAACAAGGAUAAAAAAGAGAUCAAGGCGUGUGUUCUGUAGACUAACUGUAUUGAUCUUGGCUUUUGCUGUCAGUUGGAUGCCACUUCACCUCUUUCACCUUGUAACUGAUUUUAAUGCCAAUCUAAUUUCCAAUCGACAUUUCAAAUUAGUUUAUUGCAUCUGUCACUUGCUUGGCAUGGUCUCCUGUUGUCUAAAUCCCAUACUCUAUGGAUUUUUAAAUGACGGUAUAAAAGCAGAUUUGAUGUCUGUCAUCCAAUGUUUCCAGAUAUCCUAGCCUGAUACAGCUGUUGAUUUUUUUUCUGCUAAAAAUUCAGACAACUGCAAACACCUCUACAGAGGCUGGAUAAGUGCUUGGGUCGACUGCUCAAUGUUAAACAUGUUUGUUGUUAUAAUCUAAAAUGUACCGACCCUCUACAAAGUACUUUACAACUAAUAUUAGUAUUACAAAAAAGGAUAUUUCUAUAAAUGUUUACAAAUUUACAUAUGAUCUCUAUGAGGUCUGUCUUUUUGUUUUAUUUGUAUAAAAAGAGGAAAUAUCAGCAUAUUUGCGUUUCACUUUUGUUGAUUUAUUUGGUUUAUUUAGUAUCAGUGUGUGCCAAAUAUAUGAAUUUUUACUUUAUUUUGUCUUAUUAUUAACAACAGAUAUAUGUGCAAGACCUUUUGUUUACUUGAUAUACUUCAAAACAUUAUAUAGGGCACACAUUUAUAUCACCUUAUUAGAUUAUUGUAAAUACGUUUUCAUUGAAAAACAUAUCUAUCUAUUGAUAUAUCUAUAUAGAUUUAUCUCUAUCUACUUAUCUAUCACUGUUAUCUAUACUGUAUGUAUAUCUAUAUCCAGUUCUUAUCUUUCUAUGAACUCACCUUUGGCUUGCUGAAAGUCCUGUGACCAGGUAAGCUCAUCCUUUGUCUAUAAGUAACUGGAACGUAGAAGUCUGAAAAACAGUUCCUCAGGGAAAGGAGCACUCAUGCAGCUUAAAACAUUUUGGGUAGAAAUUAAUUACUGUAGAUAGAAGCAUUUUUAGUUUUUUACCAUUUCAAUGUAACUGCCCCCGGUGGCUGAACAGUCUUACUGCACAUUAAUCUCCAUUCAGUCAAAGGAAUCUCUGUCGAUGUCCACCCCCUGCUUCUCAUUCUUGCACAUCAGAAGUCAGAUGUCUGUAAAUCAGUCUGAUUUUACUUACCAUCUUCAUCUCCACCCAUAACUAUAUAUUUUGUUUUGGGUACAGUUAUUUAAGUUUCAGUCUGCAUAUUAUUAUUAUUAUUAUUAUUAUUAUUAUUAUUAUUGUUAUUAUUAUUAUUUUUAUCAACAGUAAGAAAAAAAAUUGUUACAUCAACAGGAGCAAUGUAAGAUUCUGUAUUGCUGUAUACAGA